UGUUUAAUGUUUUAAUGCCUUCCUAUUAGUAUUCUGGUUAUUACUGGCCACUCCAUGCAGGAUGUAACCAGUUAAAACUGGCAAUUGACAAAGACACCUACUCAUCUACACUCUGACAAAAAAGCAUUAAAACUUGACCAAGAUGAACCUCUUGAACAACGAGAUGCUGUUGGGGGGUUUACUAUCCCCCUUCAACCAGUCAUCUUUGGUGGCUGAGGAAAACCUAGGACUUCUAGACGACUACCUGGAGGUGGCCAAGCCCCUCUGUUCGCACGGGUUCUCCAGCGACAAGGCUAAGGCAGUCUCCUCCAACUGGCUGGCUGUGGAUAGUUUGGGCAAAAACAUAGAUAACAGCCAGGAGGAUGCCUUCUCAGGCAUGGAUUGGAUGGUGGAGAAGAUGGAUCUGAAGGAAUUUGACUUUGAUGCCCUGUUAGGAAUGGAUGACUUGGAAGCCACCGUCUCUCCAGACGAGCUCAUGGCCACGUUGGAAGACACGUGUGAUCUAUUAGACCCUCCUACCCAGGAAAUUGACAACAAGGAACCUCCACUGAUAACUGACCCAAUUAGUAUCUCAGUACUGGAUAUUUAAAUAUGCAUAUAUGUU